AUGGCACGGAAAUACAGCAUUCGGGUGCAACAGCUGUCGGGGGAGCUCAUUGGUGAAGUUGAGCUGCCGGAAACAGCCAGAGUUGAAGACAUCCUGAUUGCUGUGAAGCAUGGAGAGCCCAAUCCGUCGUUGAAGAGGGUCCUGGUCUUUGAUGGGCGACCUCUUGCAGAGAAUGAACUUCUGGGCCAGCUCGGCCUGAAAGCGCCAGCACUCCUGGAACUUCAGCAGAUAACGAAGUCGCUAAGAACGGAGCGAGUGGCUGCCUUGCCCGACUCGUUCCGCGCGAUGCAUCUGGGGUUGUUCGGCGAGUUGAGAGCCGGCAAGACGAGUCUGCUCUAUAGAUACGCACAUGACACCUUCAAUGAACGCAUGAUGCCCAACACUAUAGGGAUGGAUUUUCAAGUUGUCCGGGUCAUGGCCCACGACGUCCCUGUGAAAGUCAUGCUCUGGGAUCAGCCAGCUGGCAAGGAGCGCUUUCGAGUCAACACCUCCUUUUACUUUAGACGGAAGGAGGCGCUUCUUAUGGUCAUCGACCUAACGAAUCCGCACUCAUUUCGUGACAUCACCGACUGGCUGAACUUCCAUGAGACUGAGGCCAUCAGAACGAAGUUGUUGAUAGGAAACAAGGCGGACCUCGUAGAGGAGCGCAAGAUUUCCAAGGAAGAAGCGGAGAAAUACGCCAGAGAGUACGGGCUCGUUUAUUUCGAAACAUCUGCCAAAGAGGGUACCGGUGUUCACGAAGCCAUGGAUUAUGCAAUUUUUGAUGUCCUUGCAAAGGAAAUCAAGCCAAAAGCACAGCCUACGGUUCGCGAGCCACUCCGACGAUUCAAUUUGAGGUGCCACGUGCAGUGA